AUGAUUUCAAAUGGAAAAGACACUAGUCUAAAACAAGUUGAGGCUGAGGUUAGCACCAAAUCAACUUCAAUUACCCCAACCAAAAAUGAAUUGUUUAAUUCUACCUCUAAACCAACCCCAACAAAUGACAAGAGUACCGAACAAACUAAAGAGCAGCUAGUGGUUAAUGAAAAGGAAAAGAAAAAGCAGGCAUUUGUCACUAGAACAAUUUGGACAUUUGUUAUGAUUGGUGGGUUCUUCGCCAUAUUAGCAUCAGGUCAUCUAGCAUUAAUUAUUAUGGUUUCAGUUUUCCAAAUGUUAACAUUCAAAGAAGUUAUAGCAUUGACAUCUGAACCAGCAAGAGAUAAAAAAAUCCCUUGGAACAGAUCAUUGAAUUGGUAUUUCUUGGGUACGACCUGGUAUUAUUUAGAUUUCCCGGCAUUGUUUGAUUUUUUCCAAGAAUCAGUUUAUUCAAGCAAAUUUUUGACAUUAUUAGUGAAAAACCAUAAAUUUAUCAGUUAUUCAUUGUAUAUUGCUGGGUUUGUAUUUUUUGUUUGGACAUUGAAAAAAGGAUACUAUAGAUUUCAAUUUGCACAAUUGUGUGUGACUCAUAUGACAUUAUUAUUGGUAGUUUUCCAAGCUCAUUUGAUUAUUGAUAAUAUAUUACAGGGUAUAAUUUGGUUCUUUUUGCCAGCUACAUUAGUGAUUGUUAAUGAUAUUUUUGCCUAUUUAUGUGGAAUCACAUUCGGUAGAACCCAAUUGAUUGAAAUAAGUCCAAAGAAAACCGUCGAAGGGUUUGUUGGUGCUUGGAUAUGUACUGGUAUUGCUGGGGUCAUUGCAUCACAUAUAUUAUCCAAAUCAGAUUAUAUGAUUUGUCCAGCAGAGAAUUUGUCAACUCAUUUAUACAAUUUCCCUCAUUGUGACUUGAAUCCUAUUUAUAUACCUCAAGUAUAUCAACUUCCAGCUAAUAUUGUGGAGCUUACUGGACACGAGCUCAUUACUUUUAAACCAUUCUAUUUCCAUGCAGCAAUUUUAGCCACUUUUGCUUCAUUGAUUGCUCCAUUUGGUGGAUUCUUCGCUAGUGGAUUAAAACGUGCAUUUGGUAUCAAAGAUUUCGGUGAUACUAUUCCUGGACAUGGCGGUAUAACUGAUAGAUUUGAUUGUCAGUUUUUAAUGGGAUCAUUCACAUACUUGUAUUAUCAUACUUUUGUCUCCAAUCAAAACGUUAAUUUAGGUCAUGUUUUACAAUUGGCCAUAAUGAACUUAUCUGUACCACAAUUACUUCAAUUAAUCAAGAGUUUGUUGAAAUAUUUGAACCGUGAAGAAGUACUUACUUCUGAACAAUUGCUGCGUAUUUUUGAUAUAUUGGAAAAUUGA